ACUAAGAUACUUUUUCUAUCAUCUUAGGUUGAAGAAUGGGUCCUCGGAGAAACAUGAAAAUGUUCAAAGCAGCUUGCCUUUAUUUUAUAUUUCUUGGACUGCUGGCCAUGUUUUUUCUUAUAUCGAAAAUGCCAGAAACUCUAACUCUAAUAUGUUUUCUUACGUGUUGUGCGGGGCUUUUACUUGAAGUGAUCUAUGGAUUUUAUCUAAUCUGGUGUUCUCUGGUUCAGAAAGCAAACCAUCGAUUACACGAAAGAGCACCCCUGCUGGUGAUGAGUACGGAUUUAGAAGCUCAAUAUAACCAUGGAAAUUCUUUCAGAAGUACCUCCCAGACUCUCAGGCGAAGUUCUCCAGUAAACAUUCCAAACCAAACACGUGUUCAACAUAACACAGGUUUCAUACCAUGGUUGUCUUCGAGACCCUGCUUGACUUCACUACCAUGGAUGGAUUCAAGUUUAACGUCAAAGUAUUUAGAUGAUAGGCAGAAAAAUGUCUCGCAUGAAAGGCGGUACACCUUGUCUGAAAAUGUACCUAUAAAUGACUUGGAUGAAACGCUGCGAAUAUUAAGGAAUCACACCUUAUCUGAAAGUGCUGCUUAUGACUUAGAAGAGGUGUAAUUUCUGUUCAUGUAUCAGGGACUAAUAUAGGGCUGACAGGAUAUAUAUACAGGGUGAUUAUAAUAUUGGAGAGUGACCUUGAAUGUUCAAAUUCGGGAAGGGAGGUAGAGAAGAUGAAUAACUAUAUCAACACGUGACCGGGAAUGUCAUCUUGCGCCACUUGGGGAGCUAUACUACUGUGAACUAUUUCUUUCUUGCGUCUUUUAACAGAUACUUUUAUUUAGCUGAAUUAUCUUAGUGUUUUUUACUAAUUUUUAUUUAAAAUUGAUUCAAAUAAAUUUAGUAUUUGCUGUUUUAUUUACUUUAAUGAUUUGGAAACUAGCUUGACAAUGUAGCUAAAUCAAUACGAUUGCGCAGCUAUUUUUGUGCUUAUUUGGAUACAAUUUUGAUAAGAAUUGUUUGAAAACAUAAAAUUAACAUGAAAUCAAAAUAUUUUAGAUGAAUAAAAAUACCAAUUUAGAGGUACGCGACAAAACGGUUCAAAAUAGAAAAAUGCUCAUAGCGGCAUACGAUGGUAUUUCCGAUUGUGGCUUGUUAUACAAGUAUCUAGCCUCUUUAUGGUUCUCUACCUCCCUUUAAAAUUAGUACCAGUAUAUAUAUAUUGGACACCCUGAUGUUUCUCCAAGUACGGUUAGAUAGAAGAAUCAAACUGGACAGAUAUUUUUUUUUAAUUUUUGAAAAGACGAUGAUUUAUCAUGAUCUGAAAAUAAGCCAAAAGAAUGAAAUAUUUGAUGAAAAGGAAAUUGGGAAUAAAGUAAAUAUUAUCAUUAAUGAAACUCUGUAAAAUUUUUAAAAAAAACUGAAUCGAGGCGAAUGAUUGUGAAGUUUUAAUAUAAUUAGGCAAGGUUCUGUUUAGCCUAGAAAUAAUUUGAAAAUUUGUUUUCAUUUUUUCUAAAUGAAGUUUAGAUUAAUUUACCAAGCAACUGUAAUGAUACUCAAUUUUCUGCAUAUUUCAUCAAUUUUUCUCAACGAUAAUCAUCUAAUAUUUUUAUUAGUAUGGACUAUUUCAAUAAACAAAUGCAAUGAUGAUGCUAAAUUUCCUAAUAAUUUUAUUAAUUAUGUCAGCAAGCAAAUGCAAUAAUGCUUCAUUUUUGUAUUUUAUUAACUGCGAUACAAUUCUUUCUUAAUUUAAAUGCAAUAAUGUUUCAUUUAGUGUAUUUUUACGUUUCUUGUUAAGUAUGUAUGGUUCCUUAAACUAUUACUUACACAAAAAAAUGCAAUGAUGCUCAAUUUUCUACAUUCUUCAUCAAUGUUGUUCACUGAUACUAAUUAAUAAUUUUAAUUAUUAUAUACUGUUUCACAAAUGCAAUAAUGCUAAAUUUCUAGGUAAUUUUAUUCAUUAUGUUAGCUAGUAAUUACAACACUGCUCCAAUUCAUUUGUAUUUUACUUACUAGUAUAUAAUUGUGCUUUUUUUAGUGCAAUAUUGUUUCAUUUAAUGCAUUUUUUCGUGUUUCCUGUUUAAAAUAUUUCCACAAAUUAUGAAUCUUAUUUAUUUAAAUCGUUAAAAAAAUUUUUUUGAAUUAUAAAAAAAAUAUACUUAAUCAAGAUUUUUUUAUUUCAGUCUAAUCUAAUCCAGAUUUUUAUUUAUUUAUUUAAAAUUACGUGUAAUCAGAGAUUUGAUUGAAGGAAAAUGUUAAAGUAUUGCUCAUACCACAUAAUUAGCAAUUUAAAAUUAAUCCACAAUACAGUGGUCAUAUUAUAAAUGAACCACAAAAUAUUGUAAUAUAAAUUAUGGUUGUAGCUGUUUUUCUAUGCAAGAAUUUUACUUAAUUUAGCUUUUUUCUAUGAAUAAUUAUUUAAAUUACAAGUAUUUCAAGAAAAAAAAAACGUCGCAAUAUUUUCAAUUUUUAAACGAUUCUUUUUUAAAAACAAAAGCGAAUUUUAAUUUUUAGGUAUAUACCACUGGCUUUACUAAUUUCUAAAAAUACUAUUCUAAAAAAAUUCAUUUUCAUGAACUAUCUUCACUAUUUCUGAUACUGUGAGAAUUUUGAAAUUGAAUCAAAUUUUAGGUAUAAUUAAAUGAUAAUUGUAUUUAAUUAAAUGAUAGUUGUAAUUUGAAAUCAACGAAGUAUUAUUUGCUUGUAAAAAUUAGACGAUUUUUAUUUAUUAAAAUGAACCAUAAAUAAGAUAUGUUAAUUGAUAAAAUCUUUUUUAUUUCUUAUUCUUAUUCAUCAGUAAAGCAGUUAAUUAAUGUACUUUUUAUCUGUUUAGAUUGGGUUUUAAAUUGUAUUAAUAAACAAAUUUAUUUAAAA